CAAGCAUCUCUUCUCUUCUUCAUCACUACUACUCCUCCAAGACACAAUUCAGACUUGUCCUUUUCCACGAAAAGAAACAGCAAAUAUGAAGUUCACUCUCAUCGCCGCUAUUGCCACUCUUGCUACCGUUGCAGCUGGCACACCAACUAUGUCUGGAUUUGAGGUGCGAGAGGCGGAGGCGGAGGCUGUUGGACUUGUUCCUCGUGCUUGCCCUGGAGCCCGCUCUGGAUGCCGUCUUGAUUGGGCUAAGAAGUGCGAGUGGUACUGCCAGAACCGCGGUGGGUUCUAUAUCAUGGAGUCGUGCUACUUGGGAUUUAGCAGGUGCUGCUGCAGGAACUAAAGGGGGAAUAGGAGGGUGAGAUUUUUGAAGCUUUUUGUGAGAUGGUCGCGGGAACUUUGAGAGAUGUGGUUGUGGGGCUUUUGGAUUAGUCGAGGUGGCAGUCUCUUCAAUUCAUGCCUGUAGCGAUCUAUCAUGUCCUGGAUAUGAUUGGCCCAGCUUAAUAACAGCUUAGGUAUAUUACAAUAUCAUGAUUUACAAGACCCGA